CCGCAUUGGUGCACAAGCUACAACAUGUAUAGACCCCGUCGUUUUGUAUAUAGUUGGGUGAGCCACGUAUGCAGAAGUCGCUGAUGAGGUGCAACAGGGACUACGCACACCUGUUGCACGCUGGAUCCCGACUGGACGAUAGAUACUGGUCAAAAGCCUUGAACUGCUCAGUUCAAAAACCAAGCACAUCAAAUAUCACGAAAGGCGUAAGCCCGAAACAAGGACAGGCGGCUAUUUUGCUCUCUGCUCUCAAUUCUACCCUUGACCUUCUUUUUUUCUGAACGUCAUGUCGUACGCCUACCGCCUCCGAAAACCAAUACAGCAGUGUUCACUGUGGACGACGGUCUGGAGUGAUAUAUGCCUGGCGAGCGCGUCGUUGCACGUCACGCGCAGCCGUAGGCUCCACUUGUCCGCCCCAAGUUUUGCUCACCAAGGAACUCGCAGCUGGCGUUCACAUCGGGUUCCAUCCUUCCACACUCAUCUGAUCCUAUCUGACUCCAAUUGCCAGAGCGUGGCACCAAUGCGGCCUGCCACCCGCGCUCGUGGAUUAAGAGAUGUCCAUCAAUCCGCCACAAAAGGAUCGCUACCAUCCUCGCUGCUACUUCGAUGCACCAUUUUUGAUGAAGCAGGAUCACCACGUGUCGUAUCAGGCACUUUCAGCCGACAAGAGCUGGCGCAGAACAACGGCCUCGAACUUCGAGACCUAAGAAAGAUCGACUCUCGCGUUCCAAACCUCGUCCCCACCAUUCUCGCUAGACGUGGGGCAUUUCUCGUCAAUAUGCUGCACAUUCGAGCCUUAGUGAAAAGCGAUACUGUCCUCCUCUUCGACAGCUAUGGGUCAACAGACACGCAUUUGCACUCUGCAUUCGUCUACAACCUCGAGCACAAUCUACGUCUCGCACACCGACAAAGCCAUGCCCCGUAUACACAGACAGGCGGUCAGGGUGAGCCAGUACAGCCGAAAGCAGCAGGAGACAACCCCUCACAGCGCAACGAGGAGGCGUUCCAAGAUUCGAAGCUGCCUUACGAAUUUCGCGCGCUGGAGACAAUAUUGUCCUCGGUCCUGGAUGCGCUCUAUUCAGAGCUUGGAAAUUUACAGCACCUCGUCUUCUCGCUCCUAGAUGAGUUCGAUCAGGAUAUCGACAGGGAAAAAUUGCGUUUGCUGCUGCAAUAUAGGCGAAAAGUCAGCGGUCUCUUCUCUCGCUCGCGAGCUGUAAAAGGGGCGGUAGCGGAAAUUCUCGAGCAAGAUGAAGACAUGGCACGGAUGUAUCUUUCCAAGCCACGCACAGCUGACUCGUUAGCGCAAGAAUAUGACGAGCUCGAGCUGCUUUUAGAAAGUUUCGAUAAACAGAUCGAGGAGGUUGUGUCUGAGACGGACAAUCUCCAAUCUAAUAUUGGUAGCACGCAGGAGAUCGUUGAGCUGAUCCUUGACAGCAAUCGCAAUCAGCUUCUCGCCCUCGAUCUGAAAAUCUCGAUCACCACCCUCGGCGCGACUGCAGGGGCCCUGUGGGCGUCCCUUUUUGGUAUGAACCUGAAGAGUGGCCUCGAGGAUGACCCCAUCGCGUUCUUCGGAGCUUGCACCAUCGCGUUUGCUGGAGCCUCUUUGAGUGCGGCCCUCGGACUCAGGCACCUUCGCAAAAUGCGCAGAGUCGGGCUUGGCUUGCACUCCGAGCGGUUCGGACGGAAGUCUUGGCUGCUUUCGAGCUGGUGGCUUCGGAAGAGGACAGACCAUGUCCAGAUGAGGCUGACUGAGCGCGACAAACGGCUAGCAGAGCUGUACGGUGUUCGACGCUCGUAUAAGGGUGUCGGGUCAGAUGCACGCUUUUCCUCUCUUGGUUACUACAAGGCUGAUGCGGAAGGCUUUGGCUUUCCGGAGCGAAUUCGCAGUGGUCCGGGCGGUCAAUGCCAUUAAGAUCCGCACCAAAUAACCGGGAUCAUAUGACACAUACUCUUACACAUCCACGCUGUGCUCGAAUGUUUAGUCAUGUGAGAUACGUGUGCAUUCUUCUUGGCGUAAUGCCCCAGAUCAUGCGGGCGCAGGAAUGUCUGUCUCCUGCAGCUCUACUUGCCGUAUUCCCUCGUGAUCGAUGACCCUAACGUUCCAUUUUCCCAAAUCAACAAUGAACCGUUGCUUGAGUUCGCCAAUGCAUCUUUGUAGCAACUUCAAGCCAUCCUCGAGGCUCAUAUCUGGGCUAUGGU